GGAGGAGAGAGAAGGGAGGAAACGGACGCAUGAAAGUCCCGAGUUUCGAGCGAUUCUUUCAUCAUUGUAAACGGUCUCUACUGUUUAUUUGAUUCUCUGGAUCCGAAAACUGAUCCUGAAGAAUUCUCUCUCUGCGCCCAUCCCAGUAACGAUCGUGAGGCUCUCCCACUCAUUCACAUAUACCAUUGCUCCAUAGGCAAACGUUUCUAAUAUAACAUGUUUUCAGUGGUUUUGGUGUUGUAGAAGUUGCAUGAUGGAUGAUGUUGGUUGCAAGACUGUUGUGAAUGAAUCUGGAGUGGAUGCGGAGGGUUGGAGAGCCGGAUUCAAUUGGGAUGCUCGAGAGAAAGUCGUAAAUAGAAUAGUGGAGACUUUGAAGAACCAGGUGCCUUGUUCUGAUGCCAAUGCUCUAAAUGAACUAAAAAAUGUUGCUGUGAAAUUUGAGGACAAGAUAUUUUGCGAUGCAGCAACAAAGGAUGAUUACACAUACAGAAUAUGUCACAGGAUGUUGAAAAUGGAGAACCUAAAAUAUCAAAAUGUUUCCACAUCUUCGUCCACUCCAGGAAUAAGUCAAACCACCAAGCUAGAAGUUGUAGGGCAUAGCUCCAGCUUGCAGAAUGUUUCUGGAUUUUCACAUGAACUUGUAGGCAAUUCGGUAGGGCAACAUGUGCGUUCAAAUGCUUUUGCCAAUACACAAAGAGAGAUGCAAGGAAGUCAGCCUUCACAACAAGUGGCUUUCCAGCCACACCAAAGGCAGCACUUGCCACAUCAGUUUUUGAAGCAGAAGGUUCAGAAACAAAAUAUUCAUCCCUCAUUCAUGCAACCCAACAUCCAUUACAGUCAUCAUGAUCGACAGCAGCAGCAGAUCCUAUCACAGCCAACCCCACUACAAUCUUCUCAGCAGUUAAUGUUACCAACACAACAGCCUCGACAACUAAUCGGGCAGCAAUUAAACACAACACUAUUGCAACAGAAUCAUCAAUUUGGCCAGCAAAAUAAUCUGUCAGAGCACCAGCUGCAGCAACCGUCAUUUUAUAUGCAGAAUAUGUCAAAUUCAUUCCAACAGCCACUGAACCCACAAAGUAAUGUUUCUGGAGUACAGCAACAGCAGAAGAUUGUUGGACCACAAUCAGAUGUCUUGAACAUGCAGGUACAUCAGCAUUCAGUAAACAUCCUUCAACAAGCUGAGACAAACACUGCACAAAAGAAUGUCCCAUGGACAUCACAAACGUUACAGUUGCAUAAGCUACUGGGUUCACAACAGAAAAAUAAUUCAUUACCAGAGAGCUCUCCACAUAGGCCUCAAACAUCACCUGCCUUGCUUCAGCCUCAGAAUGUAAUAGAUAAGCAGAAACAACUACUUAAGUCACAGAGAGUGCUUCCAGAGGCAUCAUCAGUGCCAGUAGAGUCCACAGCACAUAUAGAAAAUCCAAAUACAGCAGAUUGGUAUGAUCAAGCCUAUCAGAAGCUUCAGCCCGUGAGGGAGAAGGUUUUAUCAGAACUGCUUAAAGCAUAUAAGUCAGUUCAUUCCAUUUGCCUUAAGGCAUUAGAGCCGGGAGUGGCUGAGAAGUGGAAAAAUAAAAAGUCAACGUUGGAGAAAAUGAUCAGAUUCUUGCAACUUUCAAGAAGUGAUAUUGUACAUUGCCCAAAGGACAAGGUGGUUUACUAUCAACAUAUGAUAUUAAACUACUGGAGUUCAAUUUGCAAGAGUCAUGGUUCUGCACAGAACCAGGGACCUCAACUUCAGGUUCCUGGUAGUCAAUCUCUGACACAGCUGCAGCAACAGAGAAACAUGAAACCAUCACUCAGCCCCAUGAACUUGAUCUCAAGUACCCCAGCUGGUACUAUUUCUAUGUUAUCAACGCAUCAAGGGGUUCCAAAUUCACAACCUAACACAAGUUCACUUCAAUCCAGUUCCCAAGUUGGUUCAGAACAAAGGAAUGCAUUGAGUCCAUUUCACCAGACUUUCAUGAAGCCUAUGCAGCAAAAUGUUGUAAAUGUGCUACAAGCAACAAACUCCCCCUCUAAUACCACCUUAGAUCAUACCAUGAGUUCCCCUCAGCCAAGUUCUGCUGGUGCCACUUUCCCACAACUGAAGCAACAACAGAAACAUCAAAUCAUGCAGACACAAAAACUGAAGCCACAAAUGCACCAGCAAUGGAUUCACAGGAAGCAACAGAUGAUGCAGAAAAUGUAUGAUAGUGAUGGGAGUGUGAAACCGUUAAUAGGUGUCAGUUCAGGGAUGGUUCAGCAGCAUCAUUCAACUAGCCAAAACUUAGAUUAUCUCCAUCAAUCAUUGUUGUCCGCAAAUCCUCAUCACCUGCAUGCCACUUCCCCUCAAACAUCUCAGCAUUCUUGUCCACAGAUUGACCAGCAAAAUUAUUUAUCACCACUUUCAAAAUCUGGGACUCCUUUGCAAUCUGAUGCUUCACUUUUCAUUGUUCCUUCUCCUUCUACUCCCUUGACCCCAUCUUCUGUACCAGUUGACCUGGAUAAACACCCUUCUGGUGUUUUGCCACUCUCAGUUGCAGAAAAUAAUGGACACCCUCAGACACCUGUUGCCCUUGCCCAAGUCCAGAUUCAGAACCAGGCCCUUACCAUGGGAACUCCUGGGAUAUCAGUUUCCCCCUUGCUCGCGGAGUUAACUAGUCCAGAUGGAAAUGAACAAUCACGCAUUAUGGAGCAGCCACUUGAUCGCUUACUUAAAGCGGUUAAAUCAAUAUCACCAAAAGCAUUGAGUGCUUCUGUCCAGGAAAUUGGCUCAGUUGGCAGUAUGAUUGACCGGAUAGCCAGAACAACAGACUGUAAUGAAUCUAGAGCUGCUAUUUCUUUGGACUUGGUGGCUAAUACUAGAUAUCAUUUGCAAGUACAGAAUCUUAGUGGGAGUCCUCCAUCAGAAAAGAUGAACCGCCAUAUAAGUGCAAUGGCUUUUGAUGAAUUAUCCCCAUCUGUCAUCAAAGUUAAUAAUCUCAAGCAAUUAAGGGGUCAGAUUUCUGACAUAGAUUCGACUGCUAAUUCUAGGAUCAAGAGGCCCCGGAUUGAGCCUUGCAAUGAAUUAUUGGAAGAGAUCAGACACAUCAACCAGCGACAAGUUGAAAUUGUAGUAGAUAUCGUUUCAGUUUCAGCUGAAGAUGUUGGUACAGCUAGUGCUGGUGAAGGAACUACUGUCAGAUGCUCAUACAAUGCAGUGGCUCUACGUGAAAAUUUUAAAUUGAAGUGUGCAGCAACACAAAUUCUGUCAAUUCUUCCAAUAUGGUUUCUUGUCCCUGCAAACUAUCCAAAUUCUUCUCCUACAGUCCUAGACAAGUUGCCAUUUGACUGGAGUAGCAACAGGAAAGAGCAUGAAGAUCUAUCACAGAAGGCAAGGUCAAGGUUCAACUUAUCUCUCCGCAACCUCUCUCAGCCCAUGUCACUAACAGAGAUGGCAAAAACUUGGGAGGUUUGUGCUCACUCCGUGUUUUAUGAGUAUGCCCAGCUGAUGGGAGGAGAAUGCUUCACUUCAAGAUAUGGCACAUGGGAGAAUUGUGUAGUUGCGUCUUGAUCAUUUUGCUAGCUCCCUCUGAAUCAGUUUCGUGAGAGUACAUGCUUUUAAUCAUUCUGAGCUGAUUAAUUUUGGGUACCACAAAGGGCCGUUCUUAAUCUAGGACACUAUAAUUUGGUAUAUUUGGACUGAAAGGACCUUCCCUAUCCAUUGAAACAUCUAGCAUUUGAGCACACACAGGAGUGGGUUCACCUCUAGUAUAACGUGAAAACCA